ACUGUUUUGAAAACAUAUUUUGAAAUUUUUAUUAUUUUCCAAGGAUAAAUGUAAUUAUAGACAGCCUAAAAGUUUUUAGGUUUUGUGUCUGUUUUUCACUGUGAAAUUUGUUAACAUGAGUGAUGAUGAAUAUGAUGAUGAACUGCCUCCAAUAGACGUAAAUAGUUCUGCAUCAAAAGAUAAUCAAUACGUGAUGCCUUCAGCGGAUGUGAUAGCAUCUCAGCGAGCCUACGAGGAGGUUUGCGAACAGGAGCUGCAUAAGAUGCGCUCCCAGUACGAGUGUGAAGACGUGGUCACCAUAUGCCAUGACUCCAGCGGCUCAGAAGGCGAGGCGUCUCUCGCAGCCGCUGUAGAGGCCCUGAAGGUCCAAAACAGCCAGGCCACCUCACAGCUAGAUGCUGGACAGCUGCUGCAGAAAUUCAUUGCCAGUGCAUCAGACUGGGAUAUCACUUUCCUGCAGGAUUACCUAGAUGUCUUAAAAAAUGAGGAUGCGAGUACAGUGAGACAUGUUACAGACAAUAUUAUUUCCAGUAUUGAAGAUGUGGUAAAGCAGAGUGUGAGGAGCGGUAACACCUUGAAUGAGCAGGAGCUGCAGGUAGUUGGACUGUGGCUAUGUGCCGCCAGCCUGUGGAAUUCCCCCCGAGUUGCAAGUGCCAGAAGAUGCUUGCAGGUGCUUCUCGGCUAUCUCACAGAACAGCAGUUGCAGCAGUGGUGUGAUGUAGUGGGUAGGUCGCUGGACAGCGCGGCGCUCGUGCAGGCUAGUGACGUCAUCGCUGCCCCUCCGCCCGCAGCCCGCGCCGCCUCCGCUGCGCUGCUGCGCGCCGCACUGCACGGCCUGGCGCCAAAGUUUAAUCUGGACAAAACGCACAUCAAGCUGAGUGUAGAGGAAGUGUGUGAAUCUCUGGGCAGCGUGUGGCGGACUCUUACGCCAGCGCAGCAGUACACCGCGACGCAGGUGGCUGGCCGAGCGCUGGUUGACGCUGUGGACAUGACUGAGACACCAGAUAACGUUAUAGUGAAGAGUGAAGCUUCUAUAGACGAUACAGUGACGAGUGAAGCGUCUAUGGACGUUACAGUGGAAAGCGAAGCGUCCAUGAACGUAACAGUAAAGAACGAAAUAAUAGACAUAGCAGAUAAUAGCAUAGUGUCCAUGGACGUCACAGCAAAGAGCGAAAUUAUAUACUUAGAUAAUAGUGUAGUACUCGUAGAUAACACAGUGUCGAGUAAUUUAUCCAUGGACAUGGCUGAGAAACACGAAGCGCCCAUGGACUCUUCGAAAAAGGGCGAAGCCUCCAUAAACGUGCCGACAAAGACCAAAGCGACAACGAAAAGCUGCGCCAUAUCUCGUCUUCUGACAUUAAUGGCCACGCAGCUCCCUCAACACCGCUAUCGACCGGACUACCUCAGGGUACUUAUGGCUGUAUCAAAAUUGCAAAAUCUCUUUAAGAACUAUCAAACAAGUGAACAGCGAAAGUAAGAUUCAUAAAAAUAUUAAGAAGAAUAACAAUUCAAUUUGUAACAAUUGAUGGUUACAACAUAUCAUGGUUUUAUAAACAAAUAGACCAAAUCUGUGAUACAUAAAUUAAGGCAACUUAAAUAAGACUCGUAUAAGGGCCAAUCCACACGUACCACAACCACACGACAACACAACCACACCACGUGGUCGGGCGUAGAUUUCGUUUAGUAAAUAAACUGGACUAUUCACGCGUACCACGUUUUGCAGUCGUCGACCACUUGUGUGGACACAUACCGACCACA